GCUACCCCAGCUGGCGUUGGUCCGGUUGGUCGUAAGAAGCAGGGAGUGGGGUCAUUUGUUUAUUUACAAAUAUUAUAAAAUAACAUAAAUUAAACUACGUAAAAUAUGAUUUGUGUGUAAAUAUGAAGAUAUGUAUUAUUUAUUGUGACAUUUGGAGGCUCCGUUCUGAGCUACUAAAAGUUUUUAUGUAGAGUUUAAAAUGAUAACAUCGCGACGUUCAAAUAAAUAAGAUAAUAUAUUGUUUAUGUGAAUGAAAUAAAUACUUUUUUAACAUGGGUGAAGUUCAGGUGUGCCGUAUAUGUUUGAAUAUGGACGUAAAAAUGUUUGACUUACAAUCGGAGCCUUUGGGGACGUAUUUUACGUCAAUAAUGAUUGAGAGUAAGCCAUUAAUCACAUCAAAAUUACCGCUAUUCGCUUGUUUCGAGUGUGCAGCCCUUGUCAAGAAGUUCUACUUGUUUAGAGAGAAGUGUAUCCAAAGCCAGACUAUACUCUGUGGAUUGUUAGAUGAAAGUGGAAAGAUAACACCAGAACAAAUAAAAGCCUCAAACCGAAAAUGUCUACUUGUAAUAUCAAAUGUCACUAACAUAUCCCUACAAGAAGAUACAAAUGAUUCAGAAAAACUGGAACAUUUUGUCGAAGUUGGUAUUAAGAAAGAGGAUGAUGAUGAAGUAGUUCAUGGUCCUGAUGGAGAUCAUUCAAGUGAUGAUGAAUGUAAAGACGAGAUCAAAGAGACAAGUCACGAGAAUGUUGAGGUUGAAGUUAAAUUGGAUGAGCAGAUGGAAAGUGUUGAGUUGGCCCCACAACAAGAAACGAGCAAGAAUCUGCCAUCUAAAAAGCCUCAUUUACCUAAAGUUAGAGAACAACGAAAGACCAAAACUAUAAAACGAGCAGUUGCAAAGAAAACAAGAAAAGCCUCGUCGAAAGAUAAUGUUUGUGAAGAGGACUCUAAAGAUAUGGAGGAUAUCACUGUUGUCACUUUAACGAUGGAAGAACAGCUGGAAGAGAUGAACAAACGCAAGCAGUCGUCCAACUACCUGAACUGUCCUUACCAGUGCCAUCAGUGUUACAAGGGGUUCGUUAACACUCACGCCUGGAAGCAUCAUGUCACCAAACAUUCUCCUAGUGCGGGAGACCUGGAAUGUGAGAUCUGUAAAUACAGGUUCAAAACGAAACGAACUCUCCAACGACACGCUUUGAACCAUGGGAAGAAGUAUGUUUGCAAGUUGUGUCCCUACAACUCCAGUAACAUUACAACAGUAAAACAACACCAAGGAUCACAUAAAGGUAUCACACACAAAUGCAACUACUGCGACGAAGUAUUUGCUGUAAGAACUACAUAUAUGAGUCACAUGCGGAUAAAGCAUCCUUCGGAAAACAUUUGCGGCUACUGUGGAUACUCCUUCGUCAGCAAACAAGGGCUUGUCGUACACAAGAAUAUGGUGCAUAAAGAUAUAGUAAAGUCAGAUGACAACGAAGAAGGUCCUUACUGCGCAGACUGCGAUGUCAAAUUCAUAUCAACGGAGGCCUUCAAGCGACACAUGGUCAUGUCUGUCAAGCAUACCAGUAGUAUGGACUCUAUUAACGGAUGCCGCGUGUGCGGCCUGCGCUUCUCGGAGGCGGAGCAGCUGCGGCUGCACCGCCGCCGCGAGCACCCCAAGAAGCAGGCGCCGCACUACCGCCGCGCGGCCGCCAGCUGGCCCGCGCCCUGCACGCAUUGUUCAGAAGUGAUACCGAGCGCGCGGGAAUAUUGGAAGCACUUCCGGCGCGCGCACCCUGACGAGAACUACCCCGUGCAGAAGAAGUGCGUGUGCGAUAUAUGUGGGAAGAGGCUGAUGUGUAACGCUCUGCUAGAGAUGCACAAACGCACCCACUUCGGCGACCGCCCGUACAAGUGCUCCCUCUGCGACAAGGCCUGCUUCACCGCCUUCGACCUGCGCGUGCACCAGCAGAAGCAUUCCGACGCCAGGCCGUUCCCCUGCACGGUCUGCCCUAAAGCCUUCAAGCGGAAAGAGGCCAUGGAUCGUCAUUUGAAGAUCCACUCGGGCGACAACCCGUACAAGUGUGAGAUAUGCGGCGUGGCCUUCAGCAAGUCGUGCACGCGCACGCUGCACGUCCGCACCGCGCACACGCGCGAGCCCGCGCCCCACCGCCCGCGCAGGGGGAAACAACACUAACCAACACGUAGACACAGGCAGGCAGACACAUUGGAUAUUUAUUUAUUUAAGAAGGCUUAUAGACUAAUAAGUUCCAACUCAAAUUACAGAUCAGGUUAUCACAUUGCUAAUAACAAGCCUCCGCAGAUAGAAAUUGGAUAUAGAUAACUGCAUGAUCACACAAUAGGUUACAGACUGUAUGUUACAGUAAUAGUUCUCUGACAAGUUACAAGAAAAGCUUGUAUUUGUCAGUUAGUAACUCUUUGUAGAUACCUACAUAAGGGAUGGUGGUGAAUUGAUAUUGAAGGAUAUCGUUGGGGUAAUAUGCUGUCUUGAAAAAGUAAAAGUCACUUUUCAAAGGUCCAUAUUAUUAUGUCAGUCUCCUUAGUUAUGUGAAAAGUAGAGCGGGGCGAGGUAGAAAGACAAUCAAUGACGUCAAAUCACAAAAUAAUUCGACAGUCUGCGCCCUAAGACUUCGCUUGGCUGGUCUUGGCGGAGCAUUGCCAUGCCCCUAAAGAACUAUACAGUAUGUCCUAAAAAAUACGGACGGGCGAUUGCUUAGCGAUAGAGGACACUUCGAGGUACCUGAAACAGCUCCCAUAUAUGAUCCGCUAUUGUUAGAACUUUUCAAGAAGACUUGAAAAGUUUUUCGUUAUUUUUAACGAACUUCGUCUCAUACUGUUUUGGGUAGUUACGUUACAUGAGUGUAACUUAUUUUGUAAGCUAAUUUAAAGGAGUGUCUAUCAGAUGCAUUGAGAUCAGUAUUUUUAACAGUAACACUUAGACAUGUUGGUAAAAAAAUGAAAAUUGUAAUUGUAAUUCCAAAAAGGAUCCUUUCUGGAUGGAUCCACAAUGGAGACUAAGCAUUAGUUGAUUAAAAAAUGUAAUUAAAUUUAAUUAUUUUCAAAAUUAAUCGAAGUAUUUCUGUUCAGUAUUCAAAAAGGAAAAUAAUAAGGUUUUAGACAGUAUUUAUCUUUAUGUUGUUGUUCUUUUCUGCUAUAUUUGUUAUUGCAUUAAAUAAACUUUUUCUCCGCCUA